AUGGAGGCAAGUAGAGACACUCUUAAAACCGACGAGGAACCAAUCCUCGACAGCUCAAUCUCAUUAGACAAGUCAGGCAAGAUCACCAUUGACGAAGCAGAACUUAUCUCACACAUUGAAGAUAGCAGGAACGAGCUAGAGAAGAUUCUUGUUGGCUUCAAGGAUUUAAACAAACUUGAUACUAUCAGGGACUAUUUAGAGCGUAAGAAAGAUGAUUCUACACAUCUUACUAUGGAGAUCAGGACGGUAGAAAGAAUUUUAAGCAAAGAAAAGGGUGAUUUUUAUCACCAUGUUUUCAAAAUUCAUCUCAAUGCCAUAGAUAUUCCCGCAUAUUUGUACUGAGUCCAUCCCAAAUAUGAUGUUCUUGCGGAAAGAGAGGUCUAUGUUCUCAAAAAUGUGAACUGUCUGAUCCACAAAAAUUCCUCUCUAAUAGUACAGACAAAUGAAAGGACAGAGAUUAUUCUCAUCGAUGAAGAGACUAUGUCACUAGGAGAGAUUGAAGACCGAUCAAACGACUUUAAUGAUUCUUCAAUGCAAUUGAUGCACAAUCUCAUCCUCAAGAAACCUUUUGAUAAUUGGCGGGAAUGCAGGAGAAAUUUGUUCAGGAACUAUGGAGAUAUUUUACAACUCAUCAGCAAUCAUGUUGACUUAAAGCAAAUCACCCAGGUUAAGCAUCUGCUAAUAAAGGUGAUUCCUUCUCUAGUCAAGCCUAUUGGGAGUGCACAGAGUAAGCUGCAGAGCAAGCAUCAGAACCUGUACAACUAUGAAAACAUUGACAUGAGGCUGAAGGACACUAAAGAGUCUUUCAUAGGUAUUAUCAAAGCCAAAUAUGAGAAAGAUGUAGAUAAGUCAGACAAUGGCUCUAAAAUGGAAAGCUCUACCCUUCAUAUUGAAUGUCCUUAUGAUGGCAACCAAAUAACUGUUUAUGUUAAAUACCAGUCGAAGUUCAACACCACCAAAAAUUUGCAGAUCAAUGAUGUCGUUUUGUUACAGAAUGUGUAUCGAAAGAUUACGUCAAAGUUUGAAAUAGUGUGCCAAUUAGUCCUUAAAGAUAGGUCUGACUUGAGACUUCAAGUCAUUGGAAGAAUAGACAGACAUAACUACCAAUUCAGUGAUAUUGCUUAUCCUUCUUUGAAGAUUAUUGACAUGCCUUCAAAUGCUAUUUUGAGGACAAGGUUGAAUAUAGAAGCUACGAUUGUCAACAUCAACUUUGUAAGAAUCAAAUAUAUCUGUGAAGCAUGUAAUGACCAUCUUGAUAUACACUCAAAGUGCUCUAAGUGUGAAAUCCCUUCAAGAAAACUUUGCUUCGAAGCUAUGGUUGGAAUAGAAGAUGGUACAGAAAGAGCAACUCUGAGAAUAUUCAACGAAAAUUUCAAGACUGCCUUCAACAUUCAGAGUAAGCAUGAGGAUUAUUUCAAGGAUUAUUGUAAGAAGUAUGGCAAUUUCUUCUACAAGACUAAGCCUGAAGAGAUACCAAACAAAGCUUUGUAUGAUGAUAUCACAAAGAUGUUCAAGAACUCUAUUUCCUUCUGUACUAUCGACGCAGAUGUAGUGCCAUAUUGAAAGAUAAACACCAAUAUGCAGAAGAUGAAAGAGAACAGCAUGGAACAAAGGCAAGGUCAGUCUAAUACCGAUAAGGCUAGUGUUAUAUUCUUAAACGGUGAUAUCACUGUCAGAAAUGCAGGAUCAUAUUCAAAAGUAGUGAGGAAAUCCAAGUGCUGUUUCAAGGCAGUCAAAGUCAGAAGACAGCCUGGCCUAGCAGCAUAUCUGGACUUGGUUUAG